AAUCUUGUCGGAAACAUUUAAUAAAAUGUUGUCAAAAUUAUCAUAUAUUUGUUUAGUUUUGGCUUUAACCCUAUUGCACAUCUGUGCCCAUUUGAAGCCCACCAUCGAGGCCCAUGCGAGCAUCAAGACAAUCAAUUUACGGCUCACACGGAAACUAAAUCUGUUUGUGGGCUAUGAAUACCAUCAUUCCAUGCUUUGGCAAGCAGUCAUGAAUUCCUUGCUGUUUGUAUUUGGGGUCUGGCUUUGUCAACGGGAGGUAGAUAAGAAGAAGAGUCGUACAAUUGAGCAAGAGCUUCAGCUCGAUCCCUUUAAGAUCUCUGCCGCAACCGAGGUGAAGUUGAAUUGGUUGCGCAGCCGAGGAAAGCGCGCCUCCAGUUGGCAGCUGUUUCCGAAACGUAUGUUCGCCUGGUUCAGUAUGCCCUGGCUGUCGACCUUCCUGUUAAAUGAGUUUUGCAAUUAUGCCCAACUUAAUCUGAUCAUGAAGCACUUUUGCACCUCGACGCCGGAAGUGCUUCUUCUUCAUGUCCGUGUCCAGCUGCUCUACCUGCAACAAUUGCUGUCUAGCAUUAUUGGACCCUACUUGCUGCAAUUCACUGGAGCCUUCGUGUCUCUUACUGCGUCCCACGCGAACUACAUUAGCUAUGAGACCAAUCUGUUUGUCAGAGAGGAUUAAAUUGGGCCCUCAAAUUUAAAUAAUUACAAAUCGAAAUUCUAUGUAAGCUUUGGCUCCUUCAGGUCACAUAAAUUUACGUAAUAAAUACGCAUCUU